UGUACAAGUGUGCGUGCUGGUAUUUUUCUUAUGCUACGUUCAUGCGUGCAAGACGCACGAUUUCACGCGUCAACACGCCGCAUUCUCGUUCUUUGAUGUGCACGUGAAGUCAUGGAUUACGUUCUGUCGUGGACGGGUUCGGGUGCGCGUGCUGUCAGGGAGGCGAUUUCCAGCCGAAUCUGGUCCGCCUCAGUGAGGGAGGUUCAGUUCACAGACUUCUCCGAGCUGCCUCACGACUCCAACAGCGUACAGACUCGCAACACAGAGAUCAUGAGUUUAAAUCCUGGCGAGAGACAACAGCCAUCCAGGACACGGUGUGUAGUAGAUACCGGCCAGAAGAAGACACCUGACAAGAAGGAUGGACGCCGUAUGUCCUUCCAGCGACCCAAGGGGACCAUCGAGUAUUCCGUGGAAUCGCGGGACACUCUGAACAGCAUAGCACUGAAGUUUGACACCACCCCCAAUGAGCUGGUUCAGCUCAACAAGCUGUUCUCCAGAGCCGUCGUCCCCGGACAGGCUCUGUAUGUUCCUGAUCCUGAGUAUGUGUCAAGUGCUGGCAGUUCCCCAUCUCUCAGCCCCAUCAGCCCCCUGUCUCCUACUUCCUCCGAGGCCGAACUAGAAAAGGACUCAGAUGGAGGUCCUCGCUCAGACACCCCAGCCUCGGCACCUCCAGCUUUCUCAGCUCUUCGCCACUCCCGCAUCGUCUCCUCCACCUCGGAGGAGGAGGAGGCGCUUACCGAGAAGUUCCUCAAAAUCAACUGCAAGUACAUCACAGAUGGCAAGGGGGCUGUAAGUGGGGUGUUGCUGGUGACGCCGAACAACAUAAUGUUUGAUCCUCACCGGACAGACCCGCUGGUGCAAGAGCGCGGCUGUGAGGAGUACGGCAUCAUGUGCCCGCUGGAAGAGGUGCAAUCUGCAGCCGUUUAUCGAGAGAUCACAGACAGCAAGAUCCGUGAAUCCUUGCCCACGGACAUCGAUGCAUGGUUCUCGGGGCCUGCUCAUCACGCAGAACUGCGUCUGAGAGAGGCAUAUGACAGUGGCAGCACAGCCCCACGAAGCACAGACGCCUCACUCUCCGAAGAUGUGUUCACCGAGCCUGAGCUCUCACCUAUCCGCGAGGAGCAGCCAUCCAGCCAGCAGCCGCAGAGUGUGAACCAGUCAUCUUCCGAAUCUGUUCACACAGUCAAGCAUGACCCAGAGGAAGAGGCAAAGGACAACAAAGAAGAAAAGUCAGGAGGAAACACUGGAGAAGAAGCCACCUGCACUUCAGAUGAGCCCAAAAGCCAGGAGCAGCCAAGCACACCAACCAGCAGGGACCAACAACAGCACCAGCCACAAGUCACACCCUCUCAGAGUUCCACUGCCACAGUGGUCACAGAUCAGGAACGUGACCCAGACGAGACUAAAACCACCGGAGACGGCAAGCGGAACUCGGAAACCGACGUGGAGGAGCUGAGGAAGAUGUGGAAGAGUCACACUAUGCAACAGGCCAAGGAGCAGCGAGAAAAUGCACAGCACACACAGAAAGAGACUGCAUCAGUCAAAGGCAGCCAAAGACAGGGCUCAGCAGAGGGUCUGGUUGUGUCCAGGGAGAGACGGCUGUCCAGGUCUCACAGGUUUUUGUGCCUGCGAGUCGGCAAGGCCAUGAAGAAGACCUUUGUGUCCAACGCCAGCGCCUCCAUGCAGCAGUACGCCCAGCGUGAUCGUAAACACGAGUACUGGUUCUCCGUGCCACAGGAGAGGUCAGACCAUCUUUACUUGUUCUUUGUGAACUGGAGCCCAGAGACAUUCGGUGAUGGCAUGGGAAGCAUCAGCCGCGAGCCUGGGUUCAUGGUAGUCAAAAAAAUCAAUGAACCUGAAGGUGAUAAUGACCAGGCGACAUCAGACUCGCCAACCAAGGAGUGGGAGGUAGUGUCACUGAGCGAACACCACCGCCGGAUCGAUGCACUAAACACUGAAGAUCUGCGUGCCCUGUGCAAACGGCUCCAGAUCAGCACAAAGGAGGAGGUGAACUCCAAGCAUGGCACAUCCAUCACAGCCAGCCUGGAGCCGGAGACCUUUAAACCCAACUUGAGUGAACCUAGUGACCUCCUGGAGGCUGAACAGAUAGAGAAGCUAGCAAAGCAUCUCCCUCCCCGAACCAUAGGCUAUCCAUGGACGCUGGCAUUCAGCACAUCCAAGCAUGGUAUGAGUAUUAAAACCCUGUACCGGAUCAUGCAGGGACAGGACUCUCCCGUGCUCCUCGUCAUUAAAGACAGUGACGGGCAGGUGUUCGGGGCAUUAGCAUCAGAGCCCUUUAAAGUAAGCGACGGAUUUUACGGGACCGGAGAAACUUUCCUCUUCUCCUUCUAUCCGCAGUUUGAGGUCUACAAAUGGACAGGUGAUAACAUGUUCUUUAUCAAAGGAGACAUGGACUCCCUGGCAUUUGGUGGAGGGAGUGGUGAAUUUGGUUUGUGGCUAGACGGAGAUCUCUACCAUGGCAGGAGCCAUUCGUGCAAAACCUUUGGGAAUCCGAUGCUCUCAACGAAGGAGGACUUCUUCGUGCAGGAUAUUGAGAUCUGGUCUUUCGAGUAGGCCACUCUCUAUAGAAGAGCGUGAGCGAGAGAGCGAGAGAGAGAGAGAAAGAUGGCUCCAGUCAGGGAAGGAAAGCCAAGCAGAUGUCUUUGUGCUGGCCAGAAGUGUCCCAAACCUUAACGCGCACCAUCUCGGCUCCCAGGAAGCCUGUUUUAAAGAAGCAUAAUAUCUUUAUGCUUGCCGUAUGUUACUCCUGCAUUUAACACAAAUCUUUUUCCUCCUACUCUGACUUUUCCUGUGCUGUUCCCAUGUGUACUUUGUUGCAAGCUUCAGUGCAAGGUGUGUUAGGUGAGCAGAAGAAAGCUGAGACGCACCGUGACAAUCAUCAGUGAGCGUUUAUAUGCUGAUUACAGGGGAAUAUUGGAGCACUCUGAACAUCACAUGGUGAUGCUGGCAUAGUGUUGGGACGCGAUGGAUCUGUUACAGCCCGGAGACAGAAGGCUUCAUCCUUUGGGUAAUAAUUGGAUGUUACUAAUACAAUGGCCUCAGGGGAGAUGGACAAAAAAAAAGAAGCAACUACAAACACAUUCCUGUGCCCUCUCAGACUAAAGCAGUGUUUUGACAGGUAACAGGAUCGCCUGGUUUAGGAGGCAUCCAUACAGAGAGCAAAAAUAAUUGCAAGGGUUCAUCUUGGGGUUUCUUCUGAAGCAAAUUAUACAAGUGUUGUGAAUUCAUAGUCUUUCUGUCGUUCACCAUCAUAGAUUCACCGCGGUAAAGCACAUAGCCCUUAAUCUAUGGAGAAAAACAUUGUCGUACUGUUCUGUUCAGUGGGUUUGUGUGAGUUCAGCUUCCCCCGUGUGUGGAGGGUCGUUGUGUACUGUUCGUAGACAGUAAUGUGUCGCAAUAGAUUUUGUGGAAUAUGCAAAUUACUGUUCUUGUUAACCUCAAUAAUCCAGACGGGGUCUUUUGUCUCCUCUUCCCGUCUCUCUUUCAAACAAACUUUUAAAAGCUUUUACGUCUCGACAGAAAAAUGCUUUUCGGGGUAUCAUCUGGAAAGCUGAAGUUUUUUUUUUUUUUGUUUCGUUUUUUCUUUUCAGAAAUAUAAUGACAAUUAUAUAUUUAUGUAUAUAAUUACAUAACAAAUUCUAUAUAUAUAUAAUAUAUAUAUGUAAUUAUAUAUUGCUGUUAAGUGUGACAGUGAUCUUUUUUUGUGCUGAUAUCUCAGCUGUUACCAAUAUAAUGUACAGUCUAUUACCCUGUAAAUUAAUGGUAAAAUAGUAGAUUUGUUCCUAUAUAUAAAUAUAUAUAAUUACUAGCAGACAAAUAUAUAGAGUGUGGAUUGGUGGGUUGCUUCUAGCACUUUAUCCUAGUUUAAAGCCAGAUGCUUUCGGCUUUCUUUGCAGUAGCUGUACAGUCUUUAUUAUAUAUCUAUUUUUUGUUUGUUUAUUUGUGUGUUUUAGAAAUUAACAGAUGUUAGCUGUUUAUGACGAGCUUUCCGCUACACCGUUGGGAAAAUGUAGCGUAAAGCCCUGAAUCUAAUGUCCCGAGUACAGCGGAGGUUAGGUUCUCCUCCUCCUGUGUCUCGUCCCAAUGCUGUGUCUAUGUUGGUGUGUAGAUUCACUGUUCACAGUCUGAGGGAGGAUGAGGAGGGUGAAGAAAAGCAGGUAAUCAUCAGACCCUCAUCACUCUUCCUACACCAGCGAGUUCUGUCCAUGUGGAGUCACAGACGAGGUCCAGCGUGAAAAAAAAAAAAACGCUCCAGCUGAUUUGCUGGAAUACAAUGUAAUAGUGGAGGAGGGAAAAAGUAAAUAAAUAAAAAUUAUUGUAA